ACACAUUAAUCUGCACUUGUGAUUUCUUUUAGAGGAAAAGAAACAAAUUCCUUGUUGUUCACGAUUUUUUUCGCUUGGUUGCUAAAGCUUACAUUCUGAAAGAGCAACUGCAUAUUUUUAUUGUACUACAGAAUACAAAUACAUAUUUUGAUUCACCGGAAGGAUCGCGCCAUCUUGGAUGGAUACUACUAUAACAGUACUAUUCCUUCUACCCUGCUACAAUAAAGGUCCUAGUUCAAAACUUAUUUUAAAAAAACUUCUUGUCAUUUACACUAAAUGCAAGUUAAGUUGGCAGAUCAUAAAAAAGUUCCAAAACAAUAAAUAUCAAACAUUUGACAAUAAAUCGCCAAAAUACACUAGUCCACCCUCCUCUGUUAUCAUGUCUUUCGGUCUUAUAUUUUUCACUUAUUUAUCUAUCUACCUAUACAAUAAUAUACAACAAUCAAUUGUGGUUAUUAAAUACAUAAUUCAGAGCAAUGCCUUAUUCAAUACUUACUCUGAAACAUAAUAGGAAGGGAGGGGGUAGAAAAUUUUCCUUAAAAAUAACCAUAAACAUUGAUGUAAAUGAGUGGAUAAAGAACGAAGGGUUAAAAAAAAGGAAUGUAUGUAAAAUAAUGGGGACACAAAAAUUGGCAUCCAUGGACAACAAUUAAAUCAUUCAGAAUUUUGGUAUACAAUUAUCUGAAAAUUUGACCAUGUUUUUUAGAUAUAUUAACAUAAAAAACUGUGACAAUAAUUUGGACUGGACGAGUUUCUAAACACUGUCAUUCCCGCUAAAGUUUUUCAUUUUUCCAGCAGAGUAAAUGGUCAGUCAGAUGUUAUAGCAAGACAACUUAUUAAUUUACAAUGUCAUCAAAAACUGGCAAAUCGGAAGACAAAGAGGCAUCUUUGACUCCCAGGAGAAUUCAAGCAAGAAGACGCAGCAGAUCAAGAGUCAGUGCUUCUCCUGGAAGAGGCCCACUUAAUAAUGGGUUAAUGAAUGCAGCAUGGCCUAAAACUCAAACCUAUCGACCAACAAAACCUAGCUCUUCAAAGACAUCUGAGCAGCAAUGGAUCUCAAAAGGAAAAGUUCCACACUCAUCUGAUCAAAUUGAGGAAAUGGAGGUUGACAGUCACGAUCCAUCUGUAAUGCUAAGCAAUGGUGCUGUAACAGAGUUAAAUGUCAUGAAGACAAGAAACAGUGUGGAUUCUAAAAAUAUAGGCAUGAAAGAAUAUGAAGGUAGUGAAAGAACUGCCAAAUCGGUUACAAAAGCUGACAAGGAGACAACAGCAGCAGUGCAUCGUCUUAGUAACCCAGUGAAAGUAGCUAUGAUUCCUAUUGCUGUCAGAAGGCCUGUGCCUAUUGUUCCAAAGAACAGUGGGAAUUUUGCUGCUUUGGGCAAACAGUCAAAGCCUGUAGCUGCUGAUAAUAAAAGAGAUGCUAGCGUUCAACCAGUAUUUAUCAUACUUCAUGCAGGAACUGUAAACAUACCUGGUAAAAUGUGUGGACAAGCAACGGCACCAGUUAAGAUUUACGGAGAAAGAAUUAUCAUACAAAUUGAAGAAGAGGCAACAAAUAAAAGCACAACUAUGAGGAUAUUAUGUAAUGACUUGCGAGAAGUCCAGAUGAACCUUGAGGAACAUCCAUUUUCCUUGCAAUUGAAAACGUGUCAAAUAUAUUACAUGAACCAGAGCAAAAUGAAAUCAAAAGACAACAAGAAAGAGGCUUUGUUGGAAACCGUCAAAAUCAACCUUGCAUACGAGGUCUCAGUUCCGCCAGAUGUGAAAGAAGAGUUGAAAUCUCUUUUUCAGGAAAAACUGCGUCAUUUGAACCUUUGGAGAAAUGCGAUGAGCCCAAACGCCUCACCAAGCACUGAAAAAGGAAAUAAUGAAAGAUCAACUACUAAAAUCACAAUGUCUCCAAGUGCUAGAGUCAAUUCAGCUCCUGUUCUUGAAGGAAAGAUCGGAGUAGGCUGCAGAAAGCGAACCCCUGAGAAGAACAGUGAUGAGCAGACGGUGCCUGUUGGGUCAUCACAAGAUUGCAAAUUGGCAAGGCGAAUUCUCUUUCAAGAAACCGAUAAUCAGCAGGAACGUAUAAAAAGUCUCGAAAGCGAGGCUGCUCACUACCAACUUUUGUUAGGCCACAAAAGGCUAGAAAUACAGCAACUUGAGGAGCAAAUUCACGCAGCGGAACGCAGUGCAGUGGUUGCGAGGGAGGAGGCGUAUAGUGAAAUAAGCAGAAGAGAUAAUGAAAUCUGUCAAUUGCAAAAGCAAGUUGAUUCUUUGAAUCUACAAAUCAGCGAAGAGAAAGAGAGCAAGGCAGGCUAUAGGCAGCAGAUCAGCGAACUGAGCAGAGAACUUGAAAGGAAGGAUACUACUUUGAAAGAACAGCAGCAAGCAAUAUUAGUGAGAGAAAGUCAGUUGAAGGAAGUGAGGAACAUCGCUGUCUCUCCUAGUAAAAUGAACGAGCAGGAAUUACGAGAGGAGAUUAGAAGGCUGAAAGACAGUCUAAGACAGGCAAGAGCAAACCUAGAUGACACGAGACGGUCAAAAAGCUGUAUCAGUGAAGAGCUGCGAAAAAGCGUUGAUAUUCUUGGAAAUGUUCGAGAGCAGUUAAGAAAUGAAACUAGCCGAUGCAGAAGGUUUGAAAACGAAGCCUCCAGGGCAACGCAACAAGUAAACGAGCUUACUGGUACAAAAAGGGCAAUACAGGUAGAGCUGAAUGACGAGAGAGACCGAGUUGCCUCGUUGGAGCGCGACAUUUUGAUAUGUCGAAGGCGUAUUGAGAAUGAAAUAAAUCAUCGACGAGAAAUCGAGGAUGAAUGUAGAAAUAUGAGGUCGUUGAUGAAUGAAAAAGAUAGAGUUAUUGAAAGUAUUCGGAAUGAACGAGAUAAUACGGUCACAGAAGUUGGUAUCCUGAAAAGAGAAAUCUACCAACUUAAUGAGCAGCUAGAGUCUGAACAAACAAACGCAAGGAGCGAAGAUCGCAAUGUCUUCUCGUCGCAAAACAGGCGGCAGCCAAAUAUGGAGUCCCACGACUGGGUUCUAGAUCGUAACGAAAUACACAUCCACGGAACUGUACUCGGAGUAGGUGGAUGGGGGCAAGUGAAGCUGGGCAAAUUUCGCGGCACUGAAGUUGCAGUUAAGCAGAUACAUCAUCUGAUUUUGUCACAGCACAACCGCCGAUUAUUCAACCGCGAAAUGACGAUCGCAUCGCGUUGUCGCCACCCUUGUUUGCUGCAGUUCAUUGGCGCGACCUGUGAUGAUGGUACUCCUUUGUUUGUUUCGGAACUCCUUGAAACAGAUUUGCGCUCCCAUUUGUCCCAAAAUGCUUUGCGUCCUACCGAGGUCGUUGCUGUAGGCUUAGAUAUUGCACUGGCUCUGAAUUAUUUGCAUAAACAAAAGCCAUUGCCCAUAAUUCACCGCGAUAUAAGCAGCUCCAAUGUUUUGCUGUGGUACAAAGGGAGGGACAUGCAUGCAAAACUCUCAGAUUAUGGGGCUGCCAACUUUAUGAGACUAUCGAUGACACGACAUCCCGGUGCUUCAUUGUAUUCAGCUCCAGAGACUGCAUCUGGUGAACAAACACCUAAGGUUGACAUUUACAGCUUUGGAGUAAUGUUCUGUGAGAUGUCCAUUCGGGAACUACCAGUUACAGAACAAAGAGAUCAGCAAAUAAGAUUGAUGGGAAACCAAGACUAUCGUGUUUUUGUUCAAAGGUGCAUUGAGGCAGAUCCAGUAUCCAGACCUGAUUCAGAAGAGACGGUAAAUAUUUUUGCAGGAUGGAAGGCAUUGAAUCUUUGAUUGAGACAGCUUUUUCUAUCAAGAAGUAGUUGCAAAGUUUUGAAGCCAAAAUUCACAAUUUAACUGGAAGAAUGCACUUCAGUUAUCAGAAAUUCAUGGUCAACAACUACCCUUUCAUUGAUUCAUUUUCAUAUAGAAAUCAUGGCUGAAAAUACUGUAAACAUUUGAAUUUCUAUGGUUACAUGUAAAUGGGAGAAAUUGAUGUUUUGUGGUCCAGUCAGUGAUGAGAAUGAAUUCUGCGUUUUAGAAAGAAUUUUUUAUCACUUGUAGCUAGCUGGAAUUUGUAUUUUUAAAGACUUGCAUGUAAUGUAUUAAUAUUGUAUACAAAUGUUGAAGUUCUAAAAUAAAUCAUAUGUUUUCGUAACACAAAAGAUUUGUGUGAUUUGCUUUUUUGUCUGAAAAUGAAACAUAACAUUUUGUAUCGAAAUGGGGAAUGAGUGUUUGUGUUAUGACUAUUGUAUUGUGUUCGUAGGAAAGAAGUCUGGAAUGUUGGUCUUCAAUUCUAGAAAAAAAACAAUUAAAAAUCUUCAGUGCCAAGCUAAACAGUGUCUUUUUC